AAGAGGCGGGGCGGGGUCCGCUACCUUCCCAUAGGGCUUUGCGCCGCUGCUGCCUGUCCUCCACCUUCCCAGAGGCCUUUGCGCCGCGGCCAACAUGGCGGCGCUGAGCGGCGGCGGGGCAGCGCCGUGGCGGCGCGGCUGGCUGCCCGUCCUGCAGCUUGUCCGCCGUGGCUCCAAGGCGGUCACCCGGCACUGGAAAGCCAUGCACUUCCAGCGCCAGAAGCUGAUGGCAGUGACCGAAUACCUGCCCCCGCGGCCGGCCAUCCCGCCACGCUGCCUGCCCCGCCAGGAGGAAACCCGCCAGGAGGAGAACGGUUAUGCGCGGCUGUUGCGGCGGCAGGUGGAGGAGGCAUUUCGAGACAACCGGAUGAUCGCCGUCUGUCAGUACAACUAUAUGCCGGGUGAGGACGUGGUGAUGAUGAGGCACUACCUCCGCAAGCACAACAUUGAGGUCAAGUUCUUCCUGAACGAGAUUGUCAGACCUGUGCUGUCACAAUCCAAGUACAAGAAUCUCCUCCCUCUUUUCGUGGGGCGCAAUGUCCUGCUGGUCAGCCGAGAGACGAAGGCGAAGGAGAUGCUGCGGGUGCUGAAGGGAGUGCCACAAAUCAACCUCCUGGGCGCCUGCAUCGAUGACACCAUCUUGAGCAGGAAGGGAGUGGAGAACUUCGCCCGGCUACCCCCGCUGGAGGCGGCCCAGGGGCAGACGGUGGGUGCCCUGGCACUCCUGCCCUCCCAGACGUCCUCCCUGCUCCAGCGCGGCUCCUUGUACCUCACGGCUCUCCUGGAUCAGCACAUCCAACGCCUGCGGGCAGCUGAGACGGAGAGCCCGGCUGAGCCUGGCCCUGCCCAGAGCUCGGGCGAUCGCUGACGCUGGCUCCCAGCCGGGCCUGGGCAUCGCCUCCUUCCCAGGGUGCCGUCGGGGGGGAUCAGGGAUGGAAGAUUUGGCUCCACGCGAGGAGCUCGCGGUGGGACUGAGAGUGCUGAGUGUCACCGGCCCUGUUGGAGAGCCCUGGCCCUUCCCUUUGCUCCCUGCACCCAUGGCACACAGGAACAUCCUGGCUGUGUUUCGGCACUGGGGGGGCUGUGGUUGGAAGUCGCUGGGAUCAGGUGGAAUGCGGUGGGAGCCGUGGUGGGGAGGGGAUCCGGCACUCCGAGCCACCACACCGUCCGGAAUGGGAAAGAGAUGGAGCGGGCUCUAACAUCCAUGGAAUCACCAUUAAAGAACGGUGCGGUGGUG